AUGACCAGAUCAGACCGAUCCAAUUCAGAAGCCUACCAACCCUCUCCACGACUGACUUCGGUAUUAUCUGACGAUAUCUUGCUCAACGACAUCCCCCAGCUGAGCAGCUCCUCCGGUCUCCUUGCGCCUCUCUACGGCGGCUCGAGAGGCUCUCCAUAUCCAACCCUCGAUUCGACGAGACCGAGAGCCCGGUCCGCUGCUGGGGAUCCGGUGAACUCGCCGUCGGGCGCAUCCUUCUCUUCCGCGAAGUCAUACCGACCGUCGCCGCGGUCGGGACCGGGUGUCCAGAUGUACAAUCCAGCGCAAAGACAGGAUGUCUCGAGACAAUAUGUUCCUCCGCCGCCGCCUCUGAUGUCUCCUCCGGCCCAACAGCAUAUGAUGUCGAUUCCUCCACCUCCACCUCCUCUGCGCAGUGUCCCGUCCCAGAACCACCACCCGGGCGUCGUCAUCCCUCCGCCACCGGGACCGCCCCCGGUGUCGAGUUGGCAGGGAGGCUGGAAUCGUUCCUACGAUGCGAGAGGCUUUCCCCUCCCUCCCCCCAAUCCUCCUGCGAACAGUCAAAGUCAACAUCAAGCGUAUAAUUCGGGUCAGAACUAUGUCUCCCAUCAGCCUCCGCCUUUAUCCAUACCUCCUCCCCCGAGUAACGAGCCUCAGAUGUCAGCAACCUAUAUACCCCACGGGGAUUCCUUUGGACCUGGGGUGGGAAUACCUGGCUUUGGGAGAACACAAGAAUCGAGCUUCAACAGGGGCGAUAGUCCUGAUUUCUCUGCCGUCUCAGAUGCUAGCUAUAGGUCCAGCUCGAGAAAUACCGCCGAGACGGGUCUAUCUACACCCAUGGAUGAUGGCGGAAGUUUUUACCAAGAUCGAGAUCGCACGUACCCGUCCCAGACACAGAUGAACCGUUUUAACAAUAUCCACAUGCCGGAAUAUAACCCCUCCGGAACCAUCCCACUUCUCAAUGCACGGCAGACCAGCAGAGGCCCUCACCAACAAGCAGGUUCUAGCAACGCGAACACCCCUAUAUCUCCUGUAGACGCUGGUUCGCAAUGGCCUCUCGAUCGAGUUCUCCUUUGGUUAGUACAGAACUCAUUUUCAAGUGACUGGCAACAAACUUUCGCCGCCCUGAACAUUUCUGGUUCUGUCUUUCUGGAAUUGGGCAGUGGCCACGGCGGGAGAGGGAAUUUUGGUAUGAUGCAUCAGCAAGUCUACCCUCGCCUUGCAAAGGAGUGUUCCAACAGCGGCACUGGCUGGGAUCAGGCGCGGGAGCGUGAAGAAGGCAAGAGGAUGCGUCACCUGAUCAAGCGCAUUGUCACUGGGAGAUCACUGGAUUCGAAGUCAUCUCAUGUUCGGCGAGAGUCUUCAAAUGGCACCACUCCAAGUGCCGGCACGGAGGGCACGUUAGAAGGCUCUCCCAACCUCAGCCGUGAGGCCCACAUUUCGACCCCGAGCACAGCGAAUGGGGACGACAGCCCCAGAAAGUCUCUGUUCAAGUCACCAGGGCCAGGUUUUUCCAACAGGCGAUUCUCCACCCGGGGGAUAACGAUGCCAGUCAUCAACACACAAGACCCGGAUAUAUACAAUGCCCUAAACCGGACAAGUCAUAGGAACGCUUUCCGCCACAUCGACGGUGACGGUAGCCGGCGUCACAGUCCCAGUGCGAGCAGCGAGACAGGCGAGGGCCCCCUUAGAGGCGCGGCCCUUCGUCUGGAAGGUAGCCCGCAAAGCAUCAGUCCUGGUGGAGCUUUCACGAACAUGCAAAUGACCGGCGUGGGAGGCCUCUUGGUGUCGCCCGAUACCAGGAACUUUGGGCAUCGUGCCAGUAACAGCACCGACUCGAUUUCUUCCAAUGCAGCGAUAUAUGGCUCUGGAGUUCCUCCGGGCGCCAGCCAAAUACUCCGUGGGGGGAUGGGAGGGGUUGUAGGGGAGUCAAAUCUGGUUCGCAAUCAAGACGGUCGUCGCCACGGUGUUGAUGGUCCGCGACCACCGCCCUCUGAUGCUGGAGACAGAUCCGGCACCUCCGAGCCCCCAACGUCCGCAAAAGAACCAAAGGGAUUCCUCAAACAUUUCCGAAAGAAGAGAAAAGAGGAUGGAGCUGGCCCGUCUCCCGAAGAACAAUAUCUUGAGUCUCCAACUAGUCCCUGUCUAAAUUUCCGGCCCGGUCCUUUCAUAGGAAAUGGAAAAAACUCUAGCGAGACCUCGCUCGACCGGCCGUCUUCAACAUUCUCGGCCUCUGAAUAUGACAAAUUUGCACACACUACUCGGCAUCGUGGCGCCCGGAAUGUGCCAGGGAGGAAUUUUGUUUUGGCGACUUUGAAUGGAACAGACUACCGGCUCUGUGAUGUCACAGAUGUAGAUUCUGCUGGCGAACUUCGUAGCGUGCUUUGUUCGACGAUGGGUAUAGCAGAUAUGGACCUGGUGCAGGUUUUCCUGACGGAGCUUGGCAGAGUCGAACAUGAUGACGCGCUGGACGACCAUAAGCUCCUAUUGCAUAGAAGAACCAAGGCUGAUCAGACGGGGAGUUUGAAAUUAUACAUUCGAGCACCAGCCAACUCGACGACGGCCCUUCCUGCGGCGCAGCCAUCGAGCUUCAGAGCCAGCUUUGGCAGCAGACUUGGCUUUUCGCCUGGAUUGCUGCCUUCGGCUUCUUUGGAUGAAGAAGCCUAUGCAACGCUCACUGGGAGAAGGCGGUCAUGCUCUUCUCCUCCAAGCUCUCGACAAAACACCGUCAAAGAAACAACCACCCAAGCCCAAUCUGAUCCUCUCCGCGAUCGUCUGCUGAAAUUCCGUAAUUCUCAAGCUGAAGGUGGCGAAAGUCAGCUAUCUGAAGCCGAUAGAGCAGCUUUCAUGGAAAUGGCUAUGAAAGAAUACAAGGCCGUGAUGGAACGAAGACAAAAUGAGUACACAGCUAGAAAGAAGGCAAGCAGGGAAACCCCCCCUGCUGACAAUUCGGUCGGAAUCGUGGGUCGCAAUGUUGAUUUUGAUCAGCCUCGACACUCCCCUUUCGAAGAUAAGAAGCUGGACAGCCUCCUGCCUCAAAGGAAGCCUCCCCCUCCACCUGCCGAGUCAGCAACCUUGAUCAAAGCGAAUUCGCUCAGCAAGAGGUCGGGGCAGCAAGCACGUUUGUCGGUCACGAGCAUCGACAGCGAGGGCAGACGUAUGUCGUGUGCUGAUCAGCAAUUUCUUCCUCAGCUUGAAGAGAUGUCGGAAUACGACAAACGAACACACGUACCUGCACCAACCCAAGUUAGCAGCGGCAUAGCAUCUGCGCUCGUCGGCAUGGGAAGCCGGCUUGGAGGAGUCGGUCACCCUAGUCCCAAUAUCGCUCACUCCCUAAUGGGGGGCAAGAGAACACCGCCGAGAGGGAAUGAUCAAACUGAGCGGGGCCGAAGUGCCAUGUCUUCAGUCGAUUUCAACUCCCGUAACAGCAGCCCCCGAUCUCUGAGUGGGACGCCCGGCAGUACAACUUGGGGAAGAGGCGAUACAUCUUUCACGGUCCCGGACUAUGGUCAAGAGGGUGGCGUCCGUGCUACGCGCGACCGGUCUCUAUCCGUCAAGAUACCCGAUAACACUGAUGACAACAAACUUCGGGUGGAGGAUACGAAGCGACUCCCAUCUCCUAACCUGAGUCCAAGUAGUGCUCAUGGAAUGCCCGGAAUGGGAACGCCAGGAACUAGAAGGUCGUAUGGGCCGAAUCUGGACUUCACAGAGUCUAGCGUUGAUUUCAAGGAUUUGCCUCAGCAGAACCCCCAGACCGACUCCGAUGAUGAUUCCGAUGAUGGCCUGUUCGCAGUGCCGCUUGCAAAUCGAAAGCCAGCGAAGAAGUCAAGCAUGCGAAGGCCUGCAGCAGGGGGAGACAAGGACAGCGAAACGGAUGGUAUUGCGAAGAGACCUAACUUGAGAGUCAGGACCUCGAGGUCAAAGAAAGGUCUAUCGGUCACCUUUACAUCGCCUCAGGAUGGCAACAGCGCUGCAAGCAACUCUAGAACGUCCGACUUUGAGGAUGAGACGCCGCGAAGUUCAGGGAAGCGACCUCAGCGACGCAAUCCCGGCUCUGCGAACUCCGAGGGUGGCUGGUCCGCCGAAUCUUCAGACUACAUGAGUGCACAAUUAAUCCGGCGUGACUCGUUUGCACGAGAAGACGUUUGGGCCAGUAGACCUCCCGCAGAAGCACUUAUCGACCAUCUCGAUGCCUUCUUUCCCAACCUCGAUCUGGACCAACCUGUGUUAGAGGAGACUGCUGGUCCCUCGCCACCGGUCUCACCAGUGGCCGAGCAAGAGAAUACGACACAACUUGCGGCCUCACAGGCUGGCAUGAAUGUGACCGAAAGCCCGUCACCGAACACUGUUCGCUCAAGUCUUUACAGCGAUGGCGAUACUCUCGGCUCUGAUGAAUCUACUCUGAAGGCAUUAGAACGAGAGAGACCAGGCUCCAUGCCAAGCAUCGCUCAGCGAAAUAUCCGUCUCUCCGGUGGUCUGGGCCGCAUGAAGUCAAUCCGUGAAGUUGCCCGGGGAGCACAUGAAGCAAACAAGCGCUUCACAGCACCAAUAGCUCAAGGCGGCUCAUCUAGCACAAUCCUUCGGCGGAAGAGUACCAAAAUGUUUGGCGCCAACAUUGUCCAGAUCAAACCGAAGCGCGGGAGUAUGCUUCUACCUCGGAUUCCUCAAGACACAAUACCAAAACGACAAGCGACCUUCAGAUGGUUCAAGGGUCAGCUGAUUGGAAAAGGUACAUAUGGUCGCGUCUAUUUGGGAAUGAACGCCACGACUGGAGAGUUCCUCGCUGUCAAACAAGUCGAAGUUAGCGCAGCAGCUGCCGGGAAAGCGGGAAACGACAAGGAAAAAAUAAGAGAAAUGGUCGCCGCUCUUGACCAGGAGAUUGACACAAUGCAGCAUCUCGACCACGUCAACAUCGUCCAAUACCUUGGCUGUGAGCGGAAGGAAAUGUCGAUCAGCAUUUUCUUGGAAUACAUCUCCGGUGGUAGUGUUGGAAGCUGCCUACGCAAGCAUGGCAAGUUUGAGGAGACCGUGGUCAGCUCCCUCACCCGGCAGACCCUCUCUGGUCUUGCAUAUCUUCAUCGAGAAGGUAUCCUACAUCGAGAUUUGAAGGCCGACAACAUCUUGCUCGAUCUCGAUGGGACUUGUAAGAUUUCCGACUUUGGCAUCUCGAAGAAAACCGAUAACAUCUAUGGUAAUGACGCAUCGAACAAUAUGCAAGGAUCUGUUUUCUGGAUGGCCCCCGAAGUUGUCCGCUCCCAGGGCCAAGGAUACUCGGCCAAGGUUGAUAUUUGGUCGCUUGGGUGCGUUGUUCUCGAAAUGUUCGCAGGACGAAGACCUUGGAGCAAAGAGGAAACCGUGGGGGCUAUCUACAAGCUUGGUAGCUUGAACGAGGCACCGCCUGUUCCUGACGACGUGUCGAUGAACAUCAGUCCCGUCGCCAUAGCCUUUAUGGCCGACUGCUUUACUAUCGAUCCUUCUGAGCGUCCAACUGCCGAUACCCUGCUUUCUGGACACCCCUUCUGUGAGCUGGACUUGAACUAUAAUUUUCUCGAUACCGACUUGUAUGCCAAGAUUCGCUGUGCAUUUUAA